AGUCACGCCCGUGCCCGCCGUCACGCGCGUCACGCCCGUGCGCAACGUCACGCUACGACUCAGCGGCGCGGGCUCCAAGGUCUACGUGCAGAGCACCGCGCAGAUCCAAGGUCGCGGCAUCAUCCCGCUGCACGUGCCCCAGGACGCAGCGGGGCUGUGCACGCUGCAGACCAUCGUCGAGUGCGCCGCGGGCUCCGCGUCGACGGCGGCCUCGGCGCCAUGCCCGCUCACGGCCACGGCCGACCUGCGCCUCCUGCCCCCCGUCAGGGACGUGAUCGUGCGCUCGGACCGCGCGCACGCCGCCCCCGGCGACACAGUGGGCUUCUGGAUCCUGGCGCUGAGCCACGACAUGACCCUGCCGUCCGACGUGCUGGCUAGCGUCUCCGUCAAGGACCCCGCUGGCACCAAGGUGGCCGUCUGGGAGGACGUGCCCCUGGAUCAAGGCGUCCGCAGCUUCUCCUUCUCGCUGUCCCCGGGGGCGUCGCUGGGCCGGUGGCGGCUCGAGGUGGCCGUCGAGGACGCGUCGUUCGGCGCCGACCUCAACGUGUCGCUGACGGGGCCGGACGAGGCCUGGAGCUGGGGCUGGGGGUGGUCCUGGGCGCGCUCCAUGGCCGCGCAGCAACAGCCGCAGCCCCAGCAGCAGCCGGCGUCCGCUGCCUCAGCGCGCUCCUCCACGGCCGACAACGAGGUGGCCAUGGCGGAGGAGCACUUCGUGGAGCUGCGCUUUGGGAACGGCAUGCGCCGCGUCUACAAGCCCAACAUGCCGUUCAUCGGCAAGGUGGAGGCGGUGAGCUCGGAGCGGUCGGUGCGGGUGCGCAUCAAGCUGUACGACAACACGACCGCCAUCUACAGCCAGGACGUGGAGAUCAGCAGCGGGGAGGCCACGUUCGUGGUGCCCUCCAUCAUGGCGGACAGCUCGCGCAUCGCGCUGCAGGCCGAGCUCGUGUCGGUGGAGGGCAAGGAGAUCGAGUCCCACUACGUGCUGGCCCGCGAGGACAUCUACCGCUGGAACUCGUCCUCGCAGUGCUUCCUGCUCGUGGAGGGCGUGGAGAAGACCAUGGCCGUCGGCGAGGAGGCGCGCGUGCGCGUGCUAUCCACGUGCCCGUGCCGCACGGACCUGCACUACGUGGUCACGACCCAGGGCCACGUGACCUACUGGAGCGACCAGCAGGGCCAGCAGGGCACCACGCUGGACCCCGCUGACGGCGGCGGCGCGGCCUGCCAGACCAACAUCACGUUCACCGUGGACCCCACCAUGGCGCCGGUGAGCCGCCUGCUGGUGUACUACGUGACGGCGUCCGGCGAGCCAGUCAGCGACGUCACUACGUUCGACGUGCGGCUCCUGGACAAGCGGAUGUCGCUGAGCUUCGAGCAGAAGCCGUCCUGGGCGCCGGGCGAGACGAUGGACGUGGAGGUGCUGGCCGAGGACAACUCGCUCAUCUGCCUGGUGGGCGGCCGCGUCCCGAACGGCGGCAAGCCGGGGCCGGCGCCGGGGGCCUCGGAGGACUCCGGCCGGCCGAGCAGCCGGGCCGUGGACUUCCUGGACGCCGGGCUGAGCCUGUACGAGCGGCAGUGCGUGGCGCCGGGGCCGGGCGGCGGCGUGCGCUUCCACCAGGCCCGCGCCGACCCGCACCCCUCGGGCCAGGACGCGCUCAACGGGCUGCGGCGGCUGCAGCUGGAUCAGCUGUGGCUGUGGCACUGCAUCAACUACACGAACCGCGUGGCCGCCGAGGGCGUGUCGCUGACGGUGCCCGAGGGCGCCGGCCAGUGGACGCUGUGGGGGCUGUCGCUGUCGCCCACCUCCGGCCUGCGCUUCAGCGACGCCGCCACCUUCACGGUGUUCCGGCCGCUCGGCGUCGACUUCCGCCUGCCGCGGUCGCUGCGCGUCGGCGAGGUGCUGGAGGUCAGCGUCAAGAUCGCCAACAACCUCAACUCCUGCGUGGACGUGUCGGCGCUGCUGUCGCUGAAGGACGGCGCGCACUUCCAGAGCAGCGGCCUGGGCUUCGUGUCGGAGCGGCUCCGACUGGGCCCGCACGGCGCCACCUCGCUGGUGGUGCGCGUGCAGGCCACGGCGCAGUCCAUCAACAACCUGACGGCCGAGGUGAUCGCGCACGCAGCCAGCAGCUGCCAGGCGCCCGCCGUGUACGGCGCCGAGACGGACGCCACGGCCAGGGUGGUGCGGUUCGCGCCCUUCCGCGUGCAGCCCGAGGGGCUGACCCGCGUGCACACCGAGAGCGCCUACUUCUGCGCCAACGAGCGCAUCAUGAUCUCCACGUCGGAGAACUUCCGCUUCGACUUCGUCCCCGCGCCGCGCAACCGCGAGGCCGUGGUGCUGGAGGUGCGGGCCGGGCAGGGCGCGCGCGUCGCGCUGUCCGACCAGAUGACCCCCACGGACUGGAUGUACCAGGUCGUCAUCGGGGACGCCGACAACACCAUCUCCUGGAUCGGCCGCGGCAAGCAUGAGUACUCUGUUCAUCUGUCGUCCGCCAAGACCCCGGGCAUCUUGUCCGCCGUGAAAGAGCGCACGUUCUGGGUGUCGUGGGAGCAGAACACGGUGCGCUUCGGGCGGGGCGCGCUCGUCGGCAAGGACCUGCUGCUCAAGUGGCGCCUCGUCAAGAAGAUGAAGGUCAACCACAUCGGCUUCGCCUCCAGCUGGGGGCAGACCGCCGACUUCAGGGUGUGGAACUUCAACGACGAGGCGGGCUACUCCCAGGUGCUGCACUUGGACGUGCCGCGGUCCGUGGUGCCGGGCUCCGAGAGGGGCACCUUGUUGGUGGCCGGCGGCAUGGCGCUGCCGGGGGCUGGCGUCGGCGCGGGGGCGGGCCACUCGCGUACGCCCCCUCCGCCCGUCACUGGCGGCCAGAUCCCGGAGCCGCUGCAAGACAACGACCUGACCACCGCCGAGGACGGCGCGGGGCUGCAGCAGCCCUUGCCCGGGCCCGGCAGGGACCCCGCCGACAGCAGCAGCCUGGCCGCCACGGUGUCCGCUUUCGCGCCGCUGCCCGGACUGCGCCACCUGCCCGCCAACAGCUCCAGCUCGGCCGAGUACCAGCAGCGCGUGCUCGACUCGCUGCGACUCCGCCUGCAGGACCUGGUGGCCUUCCUGCACCCCGACGGCUCCUUCGGCGACCACAAGAGCCACGGCAGCCACAGGAACACGGUGGCGGUGCUGGAGCUGCUGACGGAGGCGCAGGCCUACUUCUCCGUGGAUGCGGCCCUAGUGGCGGACGCCAAGCGCUGGGUGCAGUCGCGGCAGGCGGACGACGGCAGCUUCGCGUCGCCACUCGCUGACCUCCGGGACGGCGCCGAGGACGCCGGCCGCGACUCCGAGGCCGUGGUGCGCGCGCGCUACUUCCUGGAGCGGCACAUGUUCGCGCCGCGCGGCCCCGUGGCGCUGGCCGCGCUGUGCCUGGCGCUGGUGCGGUCGCGCUCCGACGUGGCGGGGGCCGCGCUGGCCCGCAUGCGCGCCGCGUCCGUCAACCAGGAGGGCGACUUCUCGUGGCCAGUGCAGCAGCAGGACCCGGAGCAGCAGCCGGGCGGCGGACGGUCGGGCGCGGACUGGCUGGCCGACGACGCGCUGCAGCAGGACUCGUCCUCGCGCCGCCGCGACCCUCUGCGCCUGAACGUGCGUGAAUUCCGCGCCUCGCUCUACGCCCUGCUGACGUACUCCUACCGGCGAGACCUCAGCGCCGCCGAGCCGGUGGCCAGGUAUCUGUUCUACAGAGCACACCUUCUGGACAUCCACCCCGAGCUGACGUACCUCUCCGUGAAGGCCUUCUCGGCGUUCGGGCAGCUGGCACGCGACGAGCACCGCUCGCUCACCGUGUCGCUGGCCACCUCCGGCAUGGAGCUGACCGACACCCUGGAGCUGCGGCCAGGCUCGCCGCCCGCCUCGCUCGCCCUGCCCAGCCUGCCCACCAAGGUGUUCGUGUACGCGACGGGCGCGGGCUGCGCCACGGUGCAGGGCCUGGUGCAGUACUCGACGUACCUGCCGCGCAGCAGCACCCCGCUGCUCGACCUGUGGGCCGGCGUGGAGGACGAGAUCCCGCCGCCGCGGAACUCCCUGGAGGAGCUGGAGGGCAAGCAGCCCAUCCUGCGCCUCAAGACCUGCUUCAGGUGGAAGGGGGCGCGGCCGUCCGGGGUGCUUCGCCUGGACGUGACGCUGUUCUCGGGCUUCGAGCUGCUGGCCAUGAACGGCAUCUCCGUGGACGACACCGGCAACGAGACGGACGUGCACCACGGCGCGCGCGGCGACCGCGUCUGGGUCGUCAUGAACAACGUGAGCUCGCGGUGCGCGGUGUGCGUGCACUUCGCGGCGCGCAGCUCGCACGUCAUCUCCGGGCUGCGGCCCGCCUUCGCGCGCGUCUACCCCGCGGCGCGCUCCGACCUGGCGUCCGAGACCUUCUUCCACACGCACCGCGGCAGCACACUGCUCACCGGCAUCACGGAGGACGACAUCGUCACCUGGUUCGGCCGCUCCGAGGACGCUGGCGAGACACCGAUGAGCUCCAGCUUCAAGGGCAUCUGCGAGUGCGGCAAGAAGUGUUCCAGUGACGCGGCCACGCCGGCCAGCCGCGCGCGGACCACGCCAGUGCAGGCCGUGGCGACGCCCACCGCCGAAGCAGCAUCGUCCACGACGACCACGGAGGAGGACCUGACGACCGUGGACGUGGCGCAGAGCACCCCGACGACCGAAGCUGGCGCGUCGACCACCCCGCCAUCGCCGUCCUCCGCGCCGUCGUCCACGCCGCGGCCCGCCCUCCCCGCGCACAAGGCCGCCGCCGCCUCCGUGGGCCGCGACCCCGCCAGGACGCCGCAGCCCGUCAGCGCCCUGCCCGACCUGCACUACGAGAUCAACCGCGCGCACCAGCACGACGCCAACGAGGCCCUCGAGCUGCAGCUGCUGCCCGACGAGAAGCCGCACAGCACCGCCAAGACCCCCAUGCCGCCGCGAGGCAGGGCCACCAACGUGGCGCACCUCACGUCCACCACCAUCAGGGCGCCGAUGAGGGAUGAAGUUCAUUCACCUGUUGAUUUUUUGAUGUGUUUGGUUUUGGAGUCAUACUCACGCUGUCAUAGAGUAUUAUUUAUUAAAAACCUGCAGACACGAAAUGUAGACGAAACAGAUGAAGGAAAUGUCUCAUAUUGCAUCAAGUGUGUUGGAAGCUUUUUCAGGCGGAACCCACAUGGUGCCUUACCAUCUAGUCAGGAAGUGACAUAA